AAGAUGGUAGGAAGCUCGAUAUUGUUGCACCAUAGCUGGGCGAUAAUGCAUCAUCACAGAGUGUCACUGUCCAUGCUGGAAAUGAUAUAAGCUCCGGCAUCUCCCCGUUUCACAGCAAGUGCUCCAAACCCUCCAGUAUAUUCCUUCAAAAAUACCAAAGACGAUGCUGAGAAACUUCCCAAUCCUGGGCUUCGCUCUCGCAAGUGUUCUUGAAGCCCGCGCAUGGCCCAACCUAUCUCUCCUUCCAAGCAGUAACAGCAUCCUCGGAAUCGGCAAACACAAAGAAUGCCCUCCCUUCAACAAGGGUAACUUCACCAUCGACUACUUCCAACUCUACCCCGAAAACGCCGACUGGGACGCCCACUCCUGCCAAGUCAUCUUCGGAUCCCUCUGGAACGGCUCCGUCGCCAUCUACAACCCCUACCUCUCCCAAAUCACCCAAAGCCUCACCUUCCCCGGCGUCACCAACACAGGCACCUACCACAUAGGCGGCGUCGCCUUCGACCCCCUCUCCAACCUCUACACAAUCCUAACCGACCCCGCCGCAGCCUGGGACACCGAAGGCGGCGACCUCCGCGGCGACCACCUCCUCAUCAAAUACAACCCGAUCACCAACCACACCCUCUGGACUCUGAACUUAACCACCCUCACCCACGAACGCUACGGCGGGUUCCAAGACGUGGAAACCGAUCGGAGGGGGAACACCUACGUGGUCGGCACGUUUCCCGGAACGAUUCUGCGGGCUGAUAAGCACGGCAGGGAAAUCAAGGAGUGGUACCUCCCUGACCCCUUCCCAACGGUGACACCGGGGACGCCGUUCGCGAAAGGGGGAUUCGGUGGUCUUGCCGCCGUCCCGGGGACCGAGAUCUUGUUGAGCAAUGAUGGAGACGGACAGAUUUACCGGUUUGAUAUGCGCGCUGACAGGGGCCACCCCGUGGCAGUGCCGAUUACGCCCAAAGUGCUGUACAACGAUACCGACGCGAUUUACCUCCCGCCCAAGUACGGGGGCUCGGUGUUGCUGGUUGCGAGUCACGGGUCGGGGGUGCAGGUGUUACGGUCGAGGGAUAAGAGGUGGGAGAGGGCGGAGUAUGUCGGUACCGUGGAAGUGGAGUAUCCGAGGGAUGAGGAGUUUCCCCAGGGGGAAGGAGUGACGGUUGCGGUGACGCAGAUUGGGCCGAGCGGGUUGUAUGUCAUAUUGGGCUUUGGGGAUUUACCGUGGGUGGAGGAACGGUGGCGGGCGGGAGGAGGAGGUUUCCGAUGCCGGAUAUUACGGGGGAAGUUGAAGCUUUGUUGAGGAAGUGAGGAUGAUGCGGAAUCUUGGUCUAGAGAGGGACUGUCCUUGGUAGGUGCUGCAGGUUCUUUUGGAUUCAUUCUAUGUUUGCCACAUACAGUGUUUUAGUUCUUUUCCUUGUUGAGACACGCGAUGUUUGAGUUUCCAAAUUCGUCUCGCCUACUUUAUACCGCUCGCAAGUUUGUAAAACAUUU